CCUGACUUUGAGUUCUCUGCUCCUCUUCAGGCGUUGUGUGCUCGCGUGUGCGUGUUCUACUACACCGUACUUCUAGCCAGCUGGCCGCUCUCCGCGGACGCAGCCAGGCUCCGCUGUGGCUCGGAUCUUCUCAGCGACCUCAUAUUCGUGUGUGGGGACCGUGGCAUCUAUUUGGGUAGAGGGAAAUGGUCUGGCUACGGGGCUCGGCCCAGAGGGGAGGGGAUCGUGGACCAGUGCUGUCGUCCAGCCGGCUGUGAGCUCCACCAUCUGGAGAUGUACUGCGCUAAACCCAAGAGCCAGCAGCAAACCACAGCUUUGCCCACAACAACAGCAGCAGCAACGCAGACAGAUGAGGAUCUGCAAUUCCAAGCAGUUUUUUACAGGAGACUUCUGGAGCACAUGGGGCCCCCAGACAGCGCAAAGAGGGAAGCCUCCAGGAAGAAGGCUCAGCCUCCCCACCCAAGAAAGCCUCACGCCGGAGCAUUAGAGCACAGAACAUGAGCAGCGGUCCUCCCUCCGUCCUUAGAAUGAUGCGACCCGAGUCGUGACAUGGGGCCUCCUCAAGGGAGCAUUUAUAGAUUUACUGACUGAACCUUGUGGAUGUUAAGGACGUGUCUGCUAAGGAAGGAUCCCAGUGACGGGGCAUUUGCUGCUCAUCGUUGCCGUUCAGAGGGAUGAGACGGUCCAGCAGACGGGGGUGGAUGCUGUCAGCUGCAGGCUGGACUCACUCCAUGAGUCUCUGUAGAGCUUUUCAUGCAUCAGCUUGUCUGGAAGCAGAUUCCUUUCCAAGCGUGCAUAUAAAUGUGACUUUUCCUUGUGGAUAAGAGCUAAAUCUUGAUUUUGAUGUAUCUGGGACUUCACUGAAGCAGAUGUGUGCAGAUGUUGUCACUUUAGUAUUGUACAGUUUUAGCAGUGUUAGUAUUUUUUUUAUACAUGCUCUGCUCUCGCUGUGGAAAAAUACAUUUAAAUCAAUCCAACCAAAUAUAUAAAAUAAUGACGUGAAUGAUGAAGAAUGCUAUUGAAGUAAUUACAUUGUAAUACAAAAAAAUAAUAAAAAUAAAAAUUAAAUAA